CCGAUUAUUCAAAGCGUUUUCGAAACAUGAAGGUAAAACGAAGAAAUAGAAAAGUGCAUGAGCCCCGAUGAAGCUGACGGAUGACGCCAGAGGAUGUUCAUGGUGUAAUACACGCCAUGACUCGGUCUGCUGUAGAACUCAGCUGAGAGUUCAGCAGGAUCUUGUGUACAGUGUGGGAAGGUUUCAUGGCGCGAUUUCGUUGUGUUCUGAGGCGCACGGCCUUCCACAGGGCGGGGAUGGCUGUUUAGUGAAGAAGCUCGGAAGCGAGAGAGCCGUGUGGAGCUCAGAGUUUAGUGUUGAAGAUUUAAACCUGCGGCUUACUGUUUACAGAAGGUGUUAUUGCCUGACGCGGAUGUGUUUUUAAUCAUUUCACCUCGCGCUUUGAUUUUGUUGAAAGUGCAGGUGAGCUGCUGUUCUCGGGUUUUAGGUUAUCCAGUGGUUUUAACCCUUCACAUGGCUGUGUGUCCUGACGGAAUAACGCACUUCACACAUUAAAGCAGGUUCUGUGUGACAUGUGGUGUAUCCUCGAGUGUCACGAUGAGCGUCCCAGAGAGCAAAAGCACCACAGACGUGUCCUACAUGCUGAAGAUUUACAUGACUCCGUCCCUCAGCACACGUCCGUCCUGCACAGUCAGGGUGCGAAACGGCACCACGGCAGACCUGGUGGUGCAGAGAAUCGCUGAGCUGCUCGAGCUUGACUCGUCCCAGCCGUAUGAGCUGAUGGAGGUGAGGGAACACGCAGGGGACAAACACGUCCUCCGGACGGACGACUGUCCUGUAGAUCGCCUGCUGCUUUGGCCGCAAGGACAUGAGGAAAGUCAGGGUUAUUAUUUCACUUUCCAGCAGGGCAAACAGGACACAUCAGGGCAGUACCGCACCGUGCAGGACUUUCUGACACCCCGGCAUGAAGACGUGAAGGAUCUGUGCAGCCUCACUGUGCUUAACGAGGACAAUAUUCUAGAAACUCUGCGCUGUCGGUUCUACAGGAACCAAAUCUACACAUACGCCAGUAACAUCCUCAUCACCGUCAACCCCUUCAAGUUCCUCCCCAUCUACAACCCCAAAUAUCUGCAAAGGUACGAGAACUGCAUUCUAGGAAAAGAAGAUCCUCACAUCUUUGCUAUAGCGGAUGCUGCGUUCCGUGCCAUGCUGAACAAACGGACCAAUCAGUGCAUCGUCAUCUCUGGAGAAAGUGGCUCGGGGAAAACGCAGAGCACCAACUUCCUCAUCCACUGUCUGACCACGCUGAGCCGGAAGGGCUGCACCAGCAGCGUGGAGAGGACCAUCUUAGGAGCUGGACCAGUACUUGAGGCAUUCGGAAACGCAAAGACGACGUACAACGACAACUCGAGUCGCUUCGGGAAGUUUAUCCAGGUGAAUUUCCUGGAAGGUGGAAUCGUUAGAGGAGCUACGAUAGAGAAGUACCUGCUGGAGAAAUGUCGUCUCGUGUCCAGGAAAAGCAGAGAAAGGAACUAUCAUGUGUUUUAUUACCUGCUUGUCGGAGCGUCUCAGGAAGAAAAAGAAGAGUUCAAACUGUUAGAACCAGAAAAUUAUCACUACCUCAAACAGGAUCAGGCUGAUGUGGACGAUGUAGCAGAGAUUCAGUGUGAGUUUAAGAGACUGCAGCAGGCGAUGGAGAUGGUUGGCUUCCUGCCUGCUACCAAGAAACAAAUAUUCUCUGUGCUUUCCGCUAUUCUGUAUCUGGGAAACGUGACGUAUGAGCCGAGAGCAGACGGAGACGGAGUGACUGUAGGACCUGCGGACGUCCUCAAAACUCUAUCUGAUCUGCUAAAGGUGAGAGAGGAUCUUCUAAUCGAGGCUCUGACUCAGAGGAAAGCUCAGACGGUGAACGACGUCCUCGUGCUGCGUUACAGCCUCAAUGAGGCAAUCACAGCACGAGACUCGAUGGCUAAAUCUCUGUACAGCUCACUGUUUGAUUGGAUCGUCCUCCGCAUCAACCAUGCUCUCCUCAACAAGAGAGACAUGGAGGAGGCUGUCCCGUGUCUCUCUAUCGGUGUGUUGGACAUUUUCGGCUUUGAGGAUUUUAAGACCAACAGCUUCGAGCAGUUCUGCAUUAACUACGCUAAUGAGCAGCUACACAAUUACUUCAACCAGAACAUAUUCCUCCUGGAGCAGGAGGAGUAUGUGUCGGAGGGAAUCAGCUGGACCUCAGUGAGUUACACAGAUAAUGUUGGCUGCAUUAAUCUGAUCAGUAAGAAGCCCACAGGUCUGCUGUACCUGCUGGACGAGGAGAGCAGUUUACCUCAAGCGACUGAUAACACGCUGUUGGAGAAGUUUAAGCGGCAGCAUCAGGAGAACCCUUACUUUGUUCCUACACUGGUUCUAGAGCCCGCCUUUGUCAUCCGACACUACGCCGGCAAAGUCAAAUACCAAAUAAAGGAUUUCAGAGCGAAAAACACAGACCACAUGAGGCCCGAUAUCGUCGCUGUCCUUCGCAGUAGUAAACGAGGAUAUCUGAGGCGAUUAAUCAGUUCAGACCCAGUCGCAGUGUUCAGGUGGGGGGUCCUCAGGGCCACCGUACGUGCAGUGUAUGCCAUUAAAGGGGCGGGGCAACGCCGGGCCACGGAACAUCCAGUGACAGUAAGACGAUACUCCCGUGACACACUGAAACAAAUGAAGAGACCGUCCUCCACCAUUGGCCAACUGAUGAGUCAGCAUUCCUGCAUCGAUUUCUCCUUCGACCGUUCUGAGGAGAACCCGCUCGAGAUUUUGGAGGACGUCUUUGCCACAUUUGAGAGCAAAAAGAAAAGCCGUGCCGGUCGUAAUAAACAGAUCAUUCCAAAGAACCUGAUGGACUGUCGCUGUCUGAAGCUCAUCAUGGAUUUGAAUCUUCACAACAGCGACACUCGCAUUUCACCCCACCUGCACAAGAAGAAGAAACCUCCCAGCAUCAGCAGCCAGUACCAGAUGUCUCUGGUGAAGCUGUUGGACACACUGAGGAGAGCCGAGCCGUUCUUUGUGCGCUGUAUCAGGUCCAACGCUGAGAAGAGGGAAAUGCAGUUUGAUGAUGAGCUCGUUCUUCGACAGUUGAGGUACACUGGCAUGUUAGAUACGGUCCACAUUAAGAGAUCAGGUUACGGAGCCAAGUACACUUUUAAGGAGUUCAGGGAGGAAUUCAGGAUCCUGCUGCCGAGACAGUCGUCUUCUCCUCUGCAGGACAUUGAGAAACUUCUGCUAAGAAUCACAGCGGAGAAGAACAACUUCCAGAUCGGCAAGACCAAGGUGUUUUUAAAGGAGAUGGAGAGACAGAAGCUCCAGAACACACUGCAUAAGGAAGAGAUGCGGAGAAUCCUCCUGCUGCAGCGUUGGUUUCAGGCGUGUCUCACACGUAAACACUUCCUGAUGAGGAAGAGGGCCAUCAUCACUGUACAGAGGUCAUGGCGAGGUUAUCGAGUGUCGACCCAGUGCAGAGCAGCCACGGUGAUCCAGAAAGCAUGGAGAGAAUCUCGUGAGCGAGCCGAGUACCUGCGGCAGAGAGAGAGCCUGAGGAAUCUGCAGCAGCUGAAACAGAGUUCAGAGAACCGCAGGCAUCUGCAGGAGGAGCGAGUGCGUAGGGUAGAUGGUGUUAAGGGCACUUCAGGAAGUGAGGACAGCAGGAAUGAGACGCUGCUGCCACGCCCUGAUGGUAAAAUAAAGCCGCUGCCGCCGAUACCGUCCCAAACGCCAGCAAAGAACGAGAGCGUGAAGAACCUUGGGGACAAGGACCAGCAGAACCGAGGCAGCGCCCCGGAGCAGAGGGAGAGACGAGAGAAUGAGAAGAUGGACAGAGACACCUCAGUCCCUGCCGCUCCACCCCAACCGGACUCUCUGACCGAUCCAAAAACAGACAAUGGUCUUGGCAUGAUGACGCUGCAGCGCUCCAAACCGGCCAACAUGAGGGAGAAAGUGGAGAAGUGGAGAGAGCGAAGGAGUGACAUUGUGGUUUUGGAGACGAGCAACCUCGAGAACUUCGGGAUGAGCAGAUUAAAGACUCGAGGAAUCUCAAUGUCCCUGGAUAAUCUGACCAAUCUGAGCUCAUCUGAGUCGGACAGUACGUCUCCGUCCAACACCGAGGUGACGCUGCGUAGACGUAGGCGAUCAAGACACAAGCGUCGAUUGGCUCACGCUCGCAGCGGCCUCAUGCUGAAAGGCACAGAGGAGUGUGAGGAUUACUGGAUUUUCCCACUUCCUCCAUUCAGCCCGGGCAUCUCAUUUCGCUCCAGCGCCCCUGUGGUGCUCCAUAAAACCCAGCUGCCUGAUGGAUCUAAAUCGAGUGUGCUGCAGAGCCCAAGUGAAGCCACACCCUCACCACAGCAACUCGCUCCGGAAAAAGGAGGGUUUUUUGGUCGGUAUUUCCCUCUGGGUCAGAAGAAGCGUCUCACUCCUCAGGACGGAAACGUGACGAUGGCCAGGACCCUCGCCGAGAGAGAAGAGUUUAAGAGGUCGAACAGUAACUCCCCCACGUCGGCGUCUCCGUCCUCACUGGCCAAGCGGAAACGUCAGAGUAUUAGGAUCAGCCGCGGGACACAAAUAAGGGAGCAGAGUAACGCCUCACUCAACCGCCAGAUCACCGACACAACAGAACUGCGCCACCUCGACGAGUUCCUGGGAAAUCAGAUGAAUGAGCUACAAUCCAGGGCGAAGUCUCUCUCAGAGACGGAGGUGAUUUUCUUCACGGCCACGAUGCAGUUCAGAGACACGAUUAAGAGCAUGUACUCGCUCUCGAACCCUCAGAUCAAUUAUAAAGGCCUGCUGCAGGGAUACAAAACUAAAGUGGCGAGUUUAGCUGCGCAGAAGAAGAAGGACGAGGUGCCGCUGGUGGUGAAUUUAUUCCAGUCGGUGCUGGACGGCUUUAUCAGAGCCGAGAUUAAACGCGUCUCGUCAGUGUCUGACAUCAACAAGCCCACGAAAAAGAUGAAGAGGAUGAGAGAGAGUGAUAAGUGUUCUGACAGCCCGCUAGAUCACUCAUUCAGUACGUACCAAGUUAACAUCGUUCAGUCAUGUGACAUGUGCGGCUCGUUCAUCUGGUGCAUGGAGAAAGCCUGCAUGUGCAGCAUGUGUAAGAUGGUGUGUCACAGGAAGUGUAUGAGUAAGAUACUAACACCCUGCUCCAAACACCUGGAUAAGAAGACUGAAGCAGGUAAAGUCACUGUGUACUUCGGAGUGCACUUACCCACUUUGACCAGCAGGGAAGAGCCCGUGCCCUGUGUGUUGGAGAGGCUGCUGGCGCAUGUGGAGAUGAACGGACUCUACACCGAGGGGAUUUACCGCAAAUCAGGCUCCACCCUCAAAGCUAAAGAGCUUCAUCAGCUGCUGGACAUGAGUCCUCAGAGUGCCGUUCUGGAUAAUUAUCAGAUCCACACAGUUACGGGGCUGAUAAAGUGCUGGUUACGGGAGUUACCUGACCCUCUGAUGACCUUUAACCUCUACAGUGACUUCCUGUAUGCCGCCGACGUCCCAGAGACAUCAGAGAGGCUGCGAGCUAUUUACAGGAAGUUAGAGGAACUUCCUUCUCCGAACUACACCACGCUGGAGCGCCUUAUCUUUCACCUGGUCAGGGUGGCGAAGGAGGAAUCUCAUAACCGGAUGUCUGCUAACGCUCUGGCCAUCGUGUUUGCUCCAUGUGUCCUGCGCUGUCCUGACGUUUCUGACCCGCUGCUCAGCAUGAGAGACCUGCCCAAGACCACACUGUGUUUGGAGGUGUUGAUCCUGGAGCAGAUGAAGAGAUUUGACGAGAAGAUGAAGGAGAUCCAGCAGCUGGAGCACGCUGAGGCUCUGGCAGUUAAACAGCUCACACUGCGCAGACAGAACACGCAGUGUGUCUUCUUGUCUCAGGUCCUGGAGAACCCGAAGGGGAAAGUGGACGUAUCUCAAAGGGACGGCUCGGACUCAGAUGUGGAGAACACGCUCCUUGAGAGGAUCCGAUCUAUAAAACACGAGAAGAGUAAACUGGCCUACAGGCUGCCGGACCUGGAUGGUUCUGAUAAUGAGAACCUGGACUGUGAGAGCACAGUGAGCAUUGAGAGUCCUCUCAAGGACAAAAUCACUCACCUGGGCUUGGAAGGUCAGCGGAGCGUGACGGAGCCACUGAAGCUUCCUGAGGAGAAAACACCGCAUGAUCACAGAACUCGGAGACAAGUUGAUGCUCUGCCCACGUGUCUCGUCCAAGAUGGCCACCGAGAUUUAAUAUCGAGCGGACGCUUUACUGACCUCGACAUCCCCUUUAUAGAUGACGACGUUUAGCAUCUAAACAAUCAGGCGUGUAGCGCUAAUCACUCGCUAUACCACCAUAUACACCAUGUGCAAUACUGUUAGCAUGGACUGUUUACAGAGAGUUAGCCAAGUGUGCAGUAGAUAUUUUUUCUUUCUCUUCAUUUACAGUCAUAUUUGUGUUGGGAUUUUGCCAGAAGUCGUCGCUGUGGUUAUGUUUAGCUAGUUAACAUUGCGCACAUGACCUGGCUGGUGUGGAGAGUGCGAUGGUUCCACCGACAAGCUAGCUAGCAUUCUAGUAGGAGCUAAAUAUCUAGCUAGCUGAUUGUUUAAAAAAAUAAUGUAUUCAAUUCUAAUUGUAAUGUUGCCACUGGAAGAGCUAAAGUUGCUAACUGGUUAGUGCUGUUAUUAGAAUCAGUGUAUAAACUGAAAAUAAAAUAGCGUGGAAACUCUACAGCGUGACCUAAUGAAGAACUCUGACGGUCACUGUGUGCUAACCGCUAGCUAGCAUUGGUUAGUUAGCUGAAUCCCAGCUAAAACUGUGUUUACACACACAGUGCUGAUCAGACCGUAAACACUUGGCGGUUAAUAUUACAGAAGUGUAAUAGCGCGCGAUGGCGAUGUUAGCGCGCGAUGGCUAAUCCGUAAGAGAAGAGUUAACUGGUGCCUGUCGUAAAGUCAGAAAUGAAACUCCUACCUAAUAAUAAUAUCGUCACCACGCCCUCACCUGAAUAAUCCUCGCUUUAUUAUGCAACGAUGUCACCAGAAAGGCAACUUCCUGUUAUUGUUAUUUUUUAUUAGUUGUGUCUUUUGUCUAACUCACGCUGGAGUUUAUAAUAACGUGUUCCGCAGCCCUUACUGAACCUGAUCACCUGCGUUUAUUCAUGAAAACACAACUGAAUCUUCACCUCCAUCACCUCCAUCACCUUCAUCAUCUUCAUUAUCCGCCCUCCAGCUUCCUCCCUGUCUGUGUCGAUUAACCUAGGUGUUGUCUCUCUCGCUCUCUUUCUCUCUCUGUCUCUUUGUCUCUCUCUCUCUCUCUGUCUCUCUCUGUCUCUGUCUCUCUCUCUCUCUCUCUCACUCUGUCUGUCUGUCUCUCUCUGUGUUUGUCUCUGUGUGUGUGUGUGUCUCUCUCUCUCUCCCUGUCUCUGUCUCUGUCUCUCUCUGUGUGUGUCUCUGUGUGUGUGUGUUUCUCUCUCUCUCUCUCUCUCUCUCUCUCUCUCUCUCUCUCAGAGAAACUUGUAUAUUGUGGAAAAUAAAAGUAAGUAGAUCAGUGUCAUUUCA